GUUGUGACGUCAUGAUGGGGCCCCCGAACAACAACACAAGCAGCCGCUGAAUGUAAAAAUGAAACAGACAAUGAGCAGCGCGUUUCAUUCACUAACUCAAUUCAUGUUGUUUCGUGUGAACAAUCCGGCGCGAUUUUCCGAGCAUACCGCUAUCUAGAGCGCACUGAAUAUCUCACACGAGUGACUGCAAAAGCGCGAUGUCUUCUUAAAGUAACGAUGGAUGAAAGCGGGCAGAAGCUGCUGUGUGAUGAUGAUGAUCUGGUGAUCAUUGUGGAGAAUGAGGCGGAGAGUAUGCCGGUGCAGGACGCUGAUGUUCGGGAUCAAAACAGCGGUGUCCUGAUGGACGUGUGUCCCGUGUGUAAACUCAGUUUCACCAGUAGAGAGCCCAAACUGCUGCCCUGCCUGCAUUCAUUUUGCAGGAGAUGUUUACCGGCCUCCUCCGCCAGGCCUGCGCAACAACUGAACACAAUCCGCUGUCCGGUGUGUCAGCAGGAGUGUAUGGAUGUUGAAGUCUUGGAUAACUUCUUUGUCAAGGAUUCCAUGGAAGUGCCGAGUAGUACGAUGGAAAAGAGCUGUCAGCUGUGCGUGAGUUGCGAUGACAACACCGAGGCGAGCGGUUUCUGCGUGGAGUGUGUGGAGUUUCUGUGCGUCACCUGCAUCGAAGCACAUCAGCGUGUGAAGUUCACCCGAGAUCACACGCUCAGACAAAUGACAGAGAUGUCGUCAGAGGCGAUGGGCGCAUCCACACAGAAGCCCGUUUUCUGUGACAUUCACAAGCAGGAGCCGUUGAAGCUUUUCUGUGAAACCUGUGAUCGGCUCACUUGCAGAGACUGUCAACUACUCAAACACAAGGACCACAAUUACCAGUUUCUCGAUGAUGCGUAUAAGAACCACAAGGAACACCUGGAAAACAUGACCUGCCAGCUUCAGGAAAAGAAGAAAGCAAUAGAGGACGUAUCUAACACCAUAAACAAUGGUCUUCAGCAAGUGGAUGAAAAUCGCAAGACUGUGGCGAACGAGAUCAAAAAAUCCAUCUGCAAUCUCAUAAUGGAGAUCAACAGGAAAGGAAAGAUGUUAGUCAAUCAACUCGAGGCGAUCACAAAAGACCAUGAAACGCUCCUGAAAAGGCAGCAACAGGAUGUGACCUCACUGUCCACACAUCUCGAUCAUGUGAUCAACUUCACUAAGUGGGCUACAGCCAGUAACAGUGGAACUGCCCUCCUCUACUGCAAACGCCUGAUCACAUGUCAAAUCCAGUACCUCAUGCGAGCAAAGUGUAACAUCUCGUAUGUUCCUCAGAGUUCAGUUCGAUUCCAGUGUCGAACGACUUUUUGGGCUUCAAAUAUUGAUCUUGGGUCUCUAAUCGUAGAGAAAAUUCCAGUCCGUCAUCUGAGCCGGCCAGAGCCAUUCUCUUUACAGCAAAUGAACGCAGGGCCCAGACCAGAUGGUGUUCAGGGUGGGUUCUCCAACGCACAGCAGCAGCAGCAGCAGCAGCAGAGACAGAGCACACUUGCACAGCUGCAGAUGCAGGUGGAGAAACUCAGCCAGCACACCAACCGACAUCAACCGCCUAAUCAGUGGCCAUGGUUCCACGGCAUGCGUGUACAUGGACCGCCCCCUUAUAGACCCCUGCAGGGUGGGUCACCAUCUCAGUCUUUAACCAGCAUGCCUCAACACGGGCGGCAGUAUAACGCGAGGAGUCCUCCACCUGUACUGCAGCCCACGGCUCUGCCUCCACAGAAUCUGAGGGGACCCAUCUACCCUCCUAAACCGAUGGAGGUGCCGCAAAGGACACGCUAUCCGCACAAUGCUGCUCUCUCCGGUUCAGGUUCACUUCCAUCUCAGCAUGCGCUCCAUCAACCAAACAUCCAGGUAACAUCAUACCUAAACAGGAGGUGUGAACCCAGUGUGAGUCUGUCUGCUCAAAGGCAGAGUUAUCCACCUGCUCAUCUCUCCACACCAACAGAUCGAGCUGCACAAGGAAGACAGUUGUCUGUCACCUCAUCAGAAUCAAAGACCAAUUCUGGGCCCUGGAAGCGAGUAGAGGCCCCUCAGAGCGGCCCAUCAAACCCCUCUACUAAGAGAAGACGCAGGUUGUCCCCAGGGCCGGUCAUCGUCAUCAAAGAUGAACCAGAGGAUGAGGAAGAAGUUCAUUUUGUGAAGAGUAGUGCUAAAGCCAGUCUUCCAGACAGCACGGGUGUUCUGUCCCAGACACCACAGCAGGGUGAGCAGCCAUCAGAGACAACCCCAGAAAUAGAUGAAGACCCCAAUGAGGACUGGUGUGCAGUGUGCCAGAAUGGAGGAGAACUGCUCUGCUGUGAUAAAUGUCCCAAAGUCUUCCAUCUUAAAUGCCAUAUCCCCUCACUCACUGCAUCACCAAGUGGUGAGUGGUAUUGUACGUUCUGUCGUGACCUUGCCUCACCUGAAAUGGAGUAUAACGUUGAUGGUAGCGAAGAUUCAAACAAUGUGAAGAAGGAUCCAGAAUCUGAAGUAUUUACUUCGGUGGACAGACGAAAAUGUGAGCGGCUGCUGCUUCGUCUUUACUGCAGUGAGCUCAGCACAGAUUUCCAGGAACCUGUAACACCAUCAUCGAUGCCAGAGUACAGUGAGAUAAUAAAGACACCAAUGGACCUCUCUGUUAUCAGAAGCAAACUGGAGAACAUGGGUUAUAAGAGCCUUGAGGACUUUGUUGCGGAUAUCCGGUUGAUUUUCAAAAACUGUGCAACUUUCCACAAGGAAGAUACUGAGAUGGCUAGUGUGGGAGCUAAUCUGGAGAGUUACUUUGAGGAGCAGUUGAAACUCUUGUAUCCAGACCGAACGUUUGCUGGUGUAAAGGAGGAAGAAGUUGCUUCUGUGGCUCUUGAGAAAACUUCAAGUCCUUCAUCAGAGACUCCUCAAAACACUUCGCAAGAAGAGGAGACUGUGAGACCCUCCAGUGAAGAAGUCCCUCAGGGAGAAUCUAUUGCUACAGAUAUUGAGGAGAAGCCAGAGAAGUUGAACGCACCUGCAGACUCCAGUCCUGUAAACACAGAUACAGAUGUUAAAUCAACUCAGGAUCCCAAAGGAUGAUCAGACCUCAAAAAAAAUUCUUCCUUCCUGAAAUCUCCGUCACUACAGCGUGAAAUCUCAUGGAUCAUUGGCAAUAAUAAUACUGUAUAUCUCAAUUGUUUUAAGCAUUUGGAAAACAGGCAAUGCAACCAUUGAAGAUGUUACAAAUUACAUUGUUUUAUUACAUAGGCACAAUUAAAACUAUGUAAAAGUU